GGAUCCGGACUCCGAUAAUUUCCCCCUCUUGUUUUAUUUUCCCUCUGAAAGAACCGUAUUCUCGUCUCUCACACUCACACAUAACAGAUUCCGGCCACCGACGACGAGCGCGGCGCAUCCCUAAUCCGGCCACUUUGUCUUCUCGAAUCUCAACUUCUCUACUACUCUACUGUCCAAUUUUCUUAAGGGCAGCAGAGUACCUACUACUAUAACAGCAAUGACAUGCGAAUUUCUGAAGGCCGUAGAUUCAAUAUGAAGAAAUGAUCAAUAAUGUUGUUUAUGCAAUUUGCAAAGCAUAAAAGAAGAAUUUUUCUUGCACCAUUCUCUUCACUUACAAAUGCUUUUUCAAUCCCAACAAAAUCUCUUCCGCCUCGCAAUUCCUUUUUCCAACAAUCAUCUAAAAUUUCUUUACCCCGUUCAAAGAUCAAGCUUCAUGCCUCCCUUUUGUGCUCCCUUGUUCAUCUGUUUCUGUCCUGUGGACAUCCUUCACAGGCUAUUCAAACAUUUUCCUUCAUGCGAUCAAAUGGAGUUGCUCCAUCAGACUUGCGGUCGUGGAAUCGGCUCCUUUGUAGCUUUCAUAACUUUGGCAUGGUUUGUCAGGUAUGGCUCCUCUAUUCGGAGAUGCUGUCUUGUGGGGUAAUACCUAAUGUCUCCACACAUAACAUAAUAAUCCGCUCACUGUGCGAUUUGGGCAUGUUGGAUUCUGCUCUUCACUUUGUUGGAACUGUUGCUGAAACUGACACCAUCACCUAUAACACUCUCAUUUUGGGGUUCUGCCAGAAAAACUUGCCAGAGCAGGCCUUGGGUUUCUUGUCUCAGAUGAUUAAGAAGGGAAUUUCUAUUGAUAGUUGUACUGGUAAUAUUUUAAUAAAGGGUUUCUGUGAUAUUGGACUGCUGGGACAUGCAAAACAGGUUCUGUUUACUUUAACCAGCUAUAGUGGCGACGAUGUUGAUUGUCUUCCCGACCUGAUAAGCUUUAACACCUUGAUUCAUGGUUAUUGCAAAGCUGGUAUGAUGACUAAUGCUGUUCAAGUAAUGGAAGAUGUAAAGAAGAGAGGUUUACUACCUGACAUAAUUACUUAUAAUACUCUAAUUUAUGGAUUCUGUAAGGCUGGGGAUUUUUCUGAGGCCAAGAAUCUAUUGAAUAAGAUUUGGGAUACACAGUUAGGUGAACAGUCUUUGUCAGAUGGGGAAUAUAUCCAGAGCGAUUCGAAGAAAACUAGUGUGGCAGUAGUGAAACCCAAUGUGAUUACAUACACAACAUUGAUUGCUGCAUACUGCAAACCAGAAGCAAUGCAGGAAGCACUGGCUUUAUAUCAGGACAUGCCUAAUGCUGGAAUCUUUCCAGAUCUAGUUACAUAUACUUCUAUUAUAAGUGGCCUUUGCAAGAGUGAAAGGUUAGCUGAAGCACAAGCUCACUUUGAAGAGAUGAGGCAAAUGGGAAUAGAACCUAAUCACGUGUCAUACACAACUAUUAUUAAUGCAUCCUUUAAACAUGGGAGUCCGUUGGGGGCGUUUUCCUUCCUAAGUCAGAUGGUGGUUCGUGGGUUAUGUCUUGAUCUUGUCUUGUAUACAAGUAUGAUGGAUGGGCUGUUUAAGGCUGGAAAGCCAAAAGAGGCUGAAGAUGUGUUUAAAAAGCUUUCAAUGCGUGACAUGAGGCCCAAUCAAAUUACUUAUUCUGCACUAAUUGAUGGUUGCUGCAAGUUAGGGGACAUGAAGAAUGCCGAAUGCAUGCUGCAAGAGAUGGAGGUUACAGGUAUUUCUCCAAAUGUCAUCACUUACUCGUCUAUGAUGAAUGGUUAUGUUAAAGGAGGAAUGCUUGAGAAAGCUUUUGAACUAAUGAGGAAGAUGGUGCAGCAAAAUAUGCAGCCUAAUUCCAUAACAUAUGGUACUCUGAUACACGGGUGUGUUGUGGCUGGGAAGAUAGAACGUGGCCUGGUAUUGUACGAGGAAAUGAAAUCACGAGGUUUAGAUGAGAACAAUUUUAUAGUUGAUACAUUUGUGAACAUGUACAAAAAAUGCGAAAAGAUGGGUGAAGCAAUGGAUCUGGUUAAGGAUGUCAUGUCUAGAGGCAUAUUGCUUGACCGUAUUAACUACACAAAUUUGAUGGAUGGUUACUUUAAGUUAGGAAACGUGUCCGCUGCUCUUAAUCUGGCCCAAGAAUUUACUGAAAAAGGAUUAGAACUUGAUAUUGUUGCAUUUAAUGUUUUGAUGAGUGGGCUUUUGAAGCAUGGAUGGUAUGAACCAGAAUCAGUUUAUGGUUGUCUGGAACAGUAUAAUUUGGCCGCGGAUGCAGCUACAUACAAUACAAUGAUGCAUGCAUAUUGUAAGGAUGGAAAAGUCGAAGAGGCUCUUCAGCUGUGGUCUGAAAUGAAAGGCCAUGGGCUAAUGCCUAAUCAAAUUACUUGUAAUAUUCUUGUUACAGGGUUGUGUAAAUUUGACAAGUUGGAUAAAGCAAUGGACUUGCUGAAUCAAAUGUCAGCAACUGGUUUUUUUCCGACGUCUAGUGUGCACAAAGUUGUCCUUGCUGCAGCUUCGAAGAUCAGAAGGGCAAGCGUGAUCACACAGAUUCAUGAAAAGCUCCUAGACAUGGGCCUUGAGGCAAACUGUGUAAGCUAUAACACCCUCAUCAGUGUCUUAUGCAAGCUGGGAAUGACAAACAAGGCUUCCACUGUUUUAAUAAAUAUGAAAAACAGAGGCAUAUCAGCUGAUAUUGUCACUUAUAACAGCUUUAUACUUGGAUAUUGCAGAAGUAGCCAUAUAAAGAAGGCCUUUGCAACAUAUGACCAAAUGCUAAGUGAGGGUCUGUCCCCAACUAUUGUCACUUACAAUACUCUGCUUGAUGGUGUAUUUUCAGUGGGUUUUACGAGAGAGGCAGUGAGAUUAAUCGAUGAAAUGGAAAAAAGGGGAUUUACGCCUAAUGCUGUGACUUACAAUAUUUUGGUCUCUGGUUAUGCUAAGAUGAGCAAUACAAAGGAGUCUAUCAGCCUUUACGUCAAAAUGGUGAAUAAAGGUUUCAUUCCAACAACUGCUGCCUACAAUACGCUUAUCCACCAGUUUUCCAAGUUGGGAAGGAUGAGGCAGGCUACAGAACUUAUAAAUGAAAUGCAAGUUAGAGGCAGACCAUAUAAUGCAUCAACAUACGACAUACUCAUAAGUGGCUGGUGUAAUUUAUCCAAUCAAGCAGAGCUUGAAAAGAUGUUGAAAAGAUCAUAUCAGGCUGAAGCUAUGAAAUUGUUGAAAGAAAUGAGUGAUAAAGGGUUGGUUCCAGGUAAAAGUACCAUCUCUUCUAUUUGUUGCACUUUAGCGAGAUCCGGUAAGAAAGCUGCUGCUAGGAGUUUGAAGGAACAAUACUAUAGAAAAUAUCUCAGUACUGAUAGUCCAAGGGAUAAGGAGUAGCCUGAAUCCAUUGUUUUUAGGUUAAUCUUUCACCCAUUCUUGGAGCCUGAUCAUAGUUGAUGCCGAAAGUUGACCAUGUUAUAUGGAGAGAGAACAGUUGCAACUACAUUAUGAUGAUCGUUCACUCAAGGAGCUCUGUUGGAAAGUCCCUCCUACACAUGUUGGCUCAAAAUUAUUUCUGAGCAUGGGUGCUAGUUGGUUGAGGGUUACCCUUCUUCCUAUGAAAGGCUAAUCUUCCCCCCUGAUGGAGAGUUGAGUUAAUGACCUGCAUGUUCUAAAUUUCGACGACUUUUCAUCUUGUCUCUGUGGACACAGUACAAAUGGUUGGCUUAUAAUUAUAUAGAGACUUUUUUUCCAGUUGGAGCUGUCUAACCUAUUUCUGGAGUUGCCUACAAUGUUAGAGAAAGAUGCUACAAGCAUCUGAGAGCUCUUCUCACGUGAAGUGCAUGUAUCUCAAAUGUCAGUGGGUCACCAAUGGAGUUACAUGUGAAGGCGUACUUGUACAUGUGAGUGCGUCUGACAUUGUAUCAGCCUCGAAGUGUCACACAGUGAUCUUAUGGGAUGGCAGUGGGGGAAGAUAGACAGAACAAGCACCUCCUUACUUUGACAUCAAGUGAGUGCAGGUGAGUAUUGAUGAAGACUGGUCUAUGAUUUUGAAAGUAGAUAAACUUAAGGAGCAAUACAAUCUGAAAAGCACAAGUAUAUGUUUUUUUCCUUGUAUAUUUGUAACAUUUGUAAUAUUACUGGCAGGGCAGCAGAUUCAAUUUGGCUGCUCGAUCAUGUUACUGUAGAAAGACAUUGCCUGGUGAAUGGUGAUAUGUUUCCAUGAUCAACAAGAAGCUAUCCAAGGGAUUUGCAAUGAUUUGGUUGGGAUUAAGAAGACAUUGGCGGGAGUCUCAGCCCCGGUCCUGACUAUUACUGAACAGAACGGAACUGUAAGCAGCUGUGUACCACCUAUUGCACCAAACCGUCAACCAGUUUUAUUAGGCUGCAAGUGUUUGAUGAGAAGCAUCGACUGAUGACUAGCUAACUGGAAGGUGCAAGUUAAGUCUCAUUACUUUCGGACAAAACAAAAUGGGUUUUCUACUUUAUAGUUUAUACUCGUAAGAUUCUUUGAUUUCUCUAUUUGAAAUCAUUCAUAUUAAUACCCUUGUGCGUUUUAUUUGCUAAUUGUUGCGUUUUGAGGCGGGAGUAUACUUAAUCGUCUUUUUGGCUGAGACUCUUGGGGGUAUUAUUCAUUACUCCCUUCGCCUCCUUUUAUUGCUUACGAAAUUACGUUUUGGGUGUCCUCUUUUUAUUCUUUA